UCAAUCAAUCCACCCCCACCCCAAGUGAGCUUGAGCAUCGCAACCACCCUCCGUCUCCGACCCACCCUCCUAUGCGCGCACGCGCACGAGCACGCGCGCCCCUCCCAUGGCGCCGCCUCCCCUCCUCCACCUCUCCCGCCUGAUCCUCCUCCUCUCGCUCGCCGCGGCCGCGCCGGCGCGCCUCGUGCCCGUCCAGUACCUCUACCCUCCCUUCAACCUCACCUACUUCCACUUCAUCGACACCAACGGCGUCUUCCUCCUCUCCCCCGGCGCCAACUUCUCCGCCGCCGUCUACAACGCCGGCGCCACAGAGGCCUCCGACUCCCAGUCCCGCUUCUUCUUCUCCGUCCUCCACACCACCUCCCGGACCCCAGUCUGGACCGCCACCGCCGCUGGCUCCACCAUCCUCGAGUCCGUCGUCCUCUCCCUCUCCGCCACCGGCCUCACGCUCUUCGACCCCUCAGCCGCCCAGCCCGACCCCGCAUGGUCCACGCCGCGCCUCCGCGACCCCGUCGCCGCGCUGCGCCUGCUCGACACCGGCGAGCUCACGCUCAUCGACGCCCACAACGCCACGCUCUGGUCCUCCUUCGACCGCCCCACCGACACGCUGCUCCACGCCCAGCCGCUCCGCCUCGGACUGCCGCUCAGGUCCUCGGCGUCCGGCAACGACCUCUCCCCCGGCGCCUACCGCCUCGUCCUCACCCCCAACGACGCGCUCCUCCAGUGGGCCACCUCCUCCUCGCCGUCGUCGUCGGCGGAGGCCUUCCUCACCUACUGGGCUCUCUCCUCCGACCCCGCUGCCGUCCAGGACUCCAGCCACGCCGUCGCCUCGAUGGCCGUCAACGCCUCCGGCAUCUACCUCCUCGCCGACAACGGCAGGGACACCGUCUACAGGCUUCUCUUCCCCUCACCGCCCGCCUCCAAGGGCGACUCGCGCGUCCUCAAGGUCGACCCUUCCGGCCGCCUGCGCGCGCUCACCCUCACCGCCGGCGCGACCGUCCCCACCGUCUGGGCCGCGCCGGCCAAUGACUGCGACCUCCCGCUGCCGUGCCCCUCCCUCAGCCUCUGCACGCCGGGCGGCAAUGGCUCCACCUGCAUGUGCCCUGACGCCUUCAGCACCUACUCCACCGGCGGCUGCGCGCCGGCCGACGGCACCGCGCUGCCGGCCAUCCCCGCCGACAGCUGCGACGCCGGCGCCAAAAAGGCCGCGCGCUACAGCUACGUCAGCCUCGGAGCCGGGAUCGGCUACCUGCCGACCAAGUUCGCUCUGCCCGAUACCUCCGGCGACGCGCUCCCGGCGUGCCGCGACCUCUGUUCCGGCAACUGCUCCUGCCUCGGCUUCUUCUACAGGAACUCCUCCAGGUCCUGCUUCCUCCUCCACAACCAGAUCGGCUCCGUCUUCCGCGCCAGCGCCGACGCCGCCGUCGGCUUCAUCAAGACGCUCCCGUCGCAGCACGGCAAAGGCUCCUCGUCGUCCUUGAGCCUGAUAACCAUCGUGUUCGGCAUCGUGCUCCCCACCGUGGCGGCCGUGCUCAUCUCCUUCCUGCUCUACGCGAUGGGCGCGCAGUGGCUCAGGAAGCGCCGGCCGCAGCACCUCAAGAAGACCAGCGGCAGCUGGUUCAAGCUGCCGGCGAUGCUGUCAUCGUCGCGGGCGCCGUCCUCCGCGCCGUCGGGCAGCGGGGACGACCUCGACGAGGACGUCCUCAUCCCCGGCCUGCCGACCCGGUUCACGUACGGCGAGCUCGACGCCGCGACGGACGGCUUCAAGUGGCAGAUCGGCUGCGGCGGGUUCGGGUCCGUGUUCCGGGGCGAGCUCCCCGACCGGAGCACCGUGGCGGUGAAGCGGAUGAACGGCCUGGGCACGCAGGGCCGGCGCGAGUUCCUGACGGAGAUCGCCGUGAUCGGCAACGUCCACCACGUGAACCUGGUGAAGCUCCGCGGGUUCUGCGCCGAGGGCGCGAGGCAGCUGCUGGUGUACGAGUACAUGAACCGGGGCUCCCUCGACCAGACCCUCUUCCGCGCCGGCGCCGCCGCGCCGGAGUGGCCGGCCCGGCUGCGCGUGUGCAUCGGCGCGGCGCGCGGGCUCGCCUACCUCCACGCCGGCUGCGACCGCAAGAUCCUCCACUGCGACGUGAAGCCGGAGAACAUCCUCCUGGACGACCGCGGCGGCGUGAAGAUCGCCGACUUCGGGCUGGCGAAGCUGAUGAGCCCGGAGCAGUCGGGGCUGUUCACGACGAUGCGCGGCACGCGCGGGUACCUGGCGCCGGAGUGGCUUAUGAACGCGCCCAUCACCGACAAGGCGGACGUGUACAGCUUCGGCAUGGUGCUGCUGGAGAUCGUGCGCGGGAGGAAGAACUCCAAGAAGCAGGAGGAGGAGCACACCAGCGGCGGGUCCAGCGCGGGCAGCGCGUCCUCGUCGGAGUACUUCCCGGCGCUGGCGCUGGAGCUGCACGAGCAGGGGCGGUACGGGGAGCUGGUGGACCCGAGGCUGGAGGGGCGCGCCGACGUUGCGCAGGUGGCGCGGGUGGUGCGGGUGGCGCUCUGCUGCCUCCACGAGGACGCGGCGCUGCGGCCAGCCAUGGCCGUCGUGUCCGCCAUGCUCGACGGCAGCAUGGACGCGGGCGAGCCCCGGGCGGAGCUGCUCCGGUACCUCAGGAUGUACGGCCGCGGCCUCGUGGACCUGCGGCCCGCCGGGUGGAUGGCCAAGGGCUCGGACACGACCGCCGGCGUGAGCAGCAGCUGGUCGCCGCCGUCGUGCGUGUCGGCGCAGCAGCUCUCAGGGCCCAGAUGACAGUGACACCAAUCAAACUUGAUUUUGUGUUACCGUAGCAUGCUUAAUUAGUACUAGUAUAGGUCAGCAGCUGCUGCUGCUGCUUCCUCCUCCUCCUCCUCCUCUUUUGGGGAUUUUUUGGUAACUAGUUAUUUAAUUUACAUCCUACUGGCUAGUAACAGACAGUCUUCUCUUUCAUUUUUGCACAGACAAAUUAAAUCUCUAACUCUUAAUACUAUUGUCUAUUGGCCGCAACGCAACACAUACAUGUAAUGUAAACUCAAGCACAUUUGUUUGUUUGUGGGCAAAAAAGCAAUAAUUUA